CAUGGUUUAACCCAAAAAGGAAAACCCACACAUUCUUGGGAACAUAUAUCUCCCUAGCUCUGUUACCCUUUGUUUCCUUCCCUCCCACUUCCACAUCCAUGGAGACACACAUCGACAGCUUGUGGGUUUUUGCUCUCGCUUCCAAGUGCAGAGCUUUCUCUUCCCCUUUGCUUUUCGUUUUUCUCUGCUUGGCUUGGCUAGCCAUGGCUUUGUGCUAUUGGGCUUACCCCGGCGGCCCCGCCUGGGGAAAAUAUUUGUGGAGAGGUUCAAGAUCAAAGUCAAUACCGGGGCCCCGAGGUUUCCCGGUGCUGGGAAGCAUGAACCUAAUGGUUAAUCUCGCUCACCACAAGCUCGCUGCGGCGGCCGACUGGUUCGGAGCUAGGCGACUCAUGGCUUUCAGCCUCGGCGAAACACGUGUCAUCGUGACAUGCAACCCCGAUGUGGCUAAAGAAAUCUUAAACAGCUCAGUCUUCGCUGACCGCCCAGUGAAGGAGUCUGCGUACAGCCUGAUGUUCAACAGAGCGAUUGGCUUCGCUCCUUAUGGAGUUUACUGGCGAACCUUGAGGAGAAUCGCCGCCACUCAUCUCUUCUACCCGAAACAAAUCAACGCCUCGGAGCCCCAGAGGUCCGAAAUCGCUGCUCAAAUGGUGUCCUUGAUUGCAUGUCGCACCGGAGAGUUCUCUGUCCGCGAUGUACUGAAGCGAGCGUCGCUUAGCAACAUGAUGUGCUCUGUGUUCGGAAAUAACUAUGAAACCGUGGAGCUGGGCGAGCUCGUCCAGGAAGGUUACGAGCUUCUGGGGAAGCUCAACUGGUCCGACCACCUUCCUUGGCUUGCUGGUCUCGACCUUCAGAAAAUCAGGUUCAGAUGCUCCAAACUCGUUCCUAAAGUGAAUCAGUACGUCAACAGGAUUAUCAAAGAGCACAGAGACCAAACUGGCCAAAAAAACCAUGAUUUUGUCGAUGUUCUUCUGUCUCUUCAAGGACCAGAUAAAUUAUCGGACGACGAUAUGGUCGCCGUUCUUUGGGAGAUGAUCUUCCGAGGAACGGACACUGUGGCGGUUUUGAUAGAGUGGAUACUAGCGAGGAUGGUACUCCACCCAGAUAUCCAAUCAAAAGUGUACGAUGAGCUCGAUCAGGUGGUCGGAAGAUCAAGGCCGUUGAAGGAAUCAGACAUUCAAUCACUGGCUUACCUGCCUGCUGUGGUGAAGGAAGUUCUUAGGCUACACCCGCCUGGCCCACUUCUAUCGUGGGCCCGCUUGGCCAUCACGGAUACCACAAUUGAUGGGCACCACGUGCCGGCGGGGACCACGGCAAUGGUUAACAUGUGGGCAAUCACAAGGGACCCACAAGUGUGGUCGGACCCACUGGAGUUUAAGCCGGAGAGGUUCGUGUGCAAGGAUGCUGCUGACAUGGAGUUCUCCGUGAUGGGAUCGGACCUGAGGCUGGCGCCGUUCGGGUCGGGCCGGAGGACCUGCCCCGGAAAGGCAUUGGGUCUUACCACGGUGACCUUUUGGGUGGCAGCCUUGUUACAUGAAUUCGAGUGGGUGCAGUCGGGUCAUAACCCGGUGGAUCUCUCCGAGGUCUUGAGGCUUUCAUGUGAAAUGGCCAACCCGCUUACUGUGAAAGUGAAAGCAAGGCGCAGAUAAGAAGAAUAGGCAUCAAAGCAGAAGGCAGCAGACACAACUUUUGUAGAUAAUAUGCAGUUGUUGGUCUUAAAUAUGUUUGAACCCUCUCUAUAAGCUUUCAUGUGUGCUCCGUUUCCUUGACAACAACAUGUAUGGUUAUGAAAAGUGCUACUUUAUUUCCCUUUU